UGGCAGCAAUGAUGCUUUCGCUGUCGGUGUCAUUCCUGCUAGCGGUGGACGGUAUUCUGGUUAGCAGUUCUCCAACAGGAUUUCUGCGUCAAGCUCCGCAGCACGAACCAUCCCAUCCAAGCUUCCGAGAUGAGCAACCUCCAGAUCAAUUAUCCUACCAAAUCCAGCAGGAACGCACGAUCGAUUAUUGGCUGGACAGUGCUCGGAACACUAUAGACAGAAUACAGCAACGGAAGCUAAACAAGAAUGUGGCCAAAAAUGUAAUCCUGUUUUUGGGAGACGGAAUGUCCAUUUCGACCGUCGCGAUGACACGUGUAUACAUAGGAGGCGAAGAGAAGAAGCUGGCCUUCGAACUGUUUCCUGACAUCGGUAUGUCGAAAACGUACAGCGUCAACUACCAAGUACCCGAUUCAGCCUGUACGGCUACGGCUUACCUAACGGGAGUGAAGGCGAACUACGGGACGAUCGGAGUCAACGCGAAGGUUCCCGUGUACGACUGUGAGGCGGAACUGGACAGCAGCAGUCAUACACAUUCGAUCGCUAAAUGGGCGAUGGAUACUGGAAAAGAUGCUGGACUGGUGACGACCACCCGGGUGACGCAUGCUUCGCCGGCGGGGGUAUAUGCGCAUACUGCCAACAGGGAUCGGGAAAAUGACAACGAGGUGAAGAAGGAUGGAUGCGAUAAGAGCAUCGUUCAGGAUAUAGCCCAUCAGUUGGUGCACGGGGAGACGGGUAAGAGGUUGAAGGUGAUUAUGGGUGGUGGACGCCGAGAGUUUCUGCAUAAAGAUUUGGAUCCGGAAACUGGUAAGACGGGUAAACGGAAGGACAACCGGAACUUGAUAAACGAAUGGUUGCUCAUGGGGGAGGACGCCGAGAAUCGAACGUACGUGUGGAACAAGCAAGAUAUGUUGAGUGUUGAUCCGAACGUUACCGAUAGACUGUUGGGUUUGUUCGAACCGGGUCACUGUGAGUACAAUUUAAACCGAAUUCGGGAUAACCUGGAGUUGGAACCGACGCUUGUUGAGAUGGUUGACAAAGCAACUGACAUUCUAAGCAAAAAUGAGAAUGGAUUCUUUCUGUUCGUCGAAGGCGGACGCAUUGAUCAGGCUCAUCACGAUACGUGGGCUAGAUUGGCACUGGAUGAAACGGUGGAGUUUUCGAAGGCGAUCGAACUUGCUCGGCAGAAAUUCAGCGAGGAAGAUACGUUAAUCGUGGUGACAUCGGAUCAUUCACAUAGUGUUAGUUUCGCUGGUUUUCCGAGUCGCUCCAACGACAUCUUCGGUGCGGCUGGAGUUGCCAAUGAUCAGCUUCCGUACAUGACAAUCAGUUAUGCGAACGGUUUGGGUUUUUACGACCAUAUUGAUCCAAAUAUUGGAGGUAGGGUUAAUAUCAGCACUCUGGACACAACUGGAAACGAAUUCCGAUUUCCAACGACUCUUCCGGUAGAUUCGGAAACACACGGAGGCGAAGAUGUGGCAGUGUACGCUUCCGGGCCAUGGUCUCAUCUGUUCACCGGAAGCUACGAACAGAACACGAUCCCUCAUAUGAUGGCUUACGCAUUGUGUGUUGGCGAUGGGCUCACUGCCUGCUCGCCUUAAUGAGCAAAACUAUUAGCCGAAUUAAAAUAUUAAAUCUCAUUUAAGAAUAAUACAUUUAUUUUAAA